UAAUAGUACUGGUUUAUGACAUCAUUCACCCCCUCCCAAUUCAGGAAAUAAAAAUAGUCCUUAAGAAACACUAGACAUCUGCUGAAACAUCAUUUUAUCCAGCAACUGAUGAAGUGAAACCUUGAUUAAAGUGAAGAUUUGCAGUGAAAAGGCUAAGAAUGGGUUGGUCAAAGAUUAUCCCAGAAUUAACCUUUAAUACCAAACCACCUCAAAAGUUAUUAUGGAGUUCCAUGAUAUUGAACCCAGAAGACCAAGAAGCGGCCAAGGCGGCUCAGCUCAGAAUACCAAAGGACUCCUUCCACCAGGUAACUUCUGAAACUUACCCACCUAGUCCUUUCAAAUAUAGAACCAGAGUCUACUCAUUUGAUCCUGACCGCAUCCAACCCACCAUUGUAGAGCAACCUGAUCCAGCUAGCUUGAAGAAGCAGUGCCCAUAUCGAAAGAAACUGGAAAAGGCUAAAUCCAAGUCUAGGAGGAAAAAGUCUGAGUUUUUACUCUCCAAGUUUGUCAAGUUAGCAACAAUUAAAAAAAAAGAGAUUUACGUUUGGAAUGAAAUUGUGAAACCAGAAAGAAUCAAGGUUCUCAUAAAGUCCUUGGCAUCUCCUCUGGAACUUGAACAACUCUAUGCAGCUCAGGCUCUUGGGUACCUUGGGGUUGCUGAAGACUCUGUUAUAUCUGCACUGUACAAUAUUGUUCAGGAGUGUGACAGUCCUGCUUUGCAGUACGAGGCAGCUCGAUCUCUGGCUUUGCUUGGUUGCCUAGAGACCUGUGUAAUGAAAGUGCUAAUUCGACACUUGAAAGUGGUGAGCCUGAAUCGGAGAGAAGACACACUGGCUGCUCUGAAACAAGCUCUGCAAGCAUGGUCAAUAACACCCUCCUUUGAGUGGUAUUGCAUUGGGGCUCGAUCCAGUUUAAUUCGGAAUCUGCAACACUUGGUGAAUUUACAGGAACCCUUGGACAACAUCACCUUCAAUGCAGCUCUCUGCUUGGGGUACCUGGACAAGUCCAAUCCAAGUGCCCAAGAGACAAUGUUUCUAUGUUUGGCUCAGGCAGACCAGAAUAAGAGGUUUCAGGCUUUGGUUAUGCUGGUACAGCACAUGGACAUAAUGAAUGCUAUCAUUAUCCAGGAGGUCCUAGAUUAUCUGGAAAAUUCCCUUGUGUUCAAGUAUCGUGCUGAUGCCACAAAAUUGUUGACCACCAUAGGGCUUGAUGUAAUCCAACAGGAAGGACUAGAGGAGGACGUUUUUAACGUGCUGCUCAAGAAGUUAUCUGAUGAGCCUUAUCUGAUAGUCAGACAGAGAGUUGCUUUGGCUGUUGAAGAACUGCAAAUGAAAAAGCGCGUUUGGGAAAUAGUGGAGAAGCAGCUAAAGGAGGAGGAUGACAUGAUCCGGAAGCAGGCGGUGAUUGCCUUAGGUGUUCUUGGCAUCCGCCACAAGAGUGUGUUCUUUACCUUGUUGGAGAUGCUGGAACUGGACACCAAUGAGGACGUUCGCAUACAGGUCAUUAGAGCCUUUUGCACUCUCGGAAUGGAUAACAUGCACGUGAGGAAGAGCCUUAAGAAUAAGAAACAAGGAGGAGGGAUCCUGGCCAGAGAGUCUAGCAAAGCCUUGGAGAUGCUUGACCAAAGCCCAGACAUUCAGAAAGAGUUGAUGCUCCAACCUUAUAUAAUGCAGUGAAAUGAUCUUUUUUGGCAUGCAGAUACAAGUAGUGGAUUAAAACAUUGCCUCUGGGUUUCCAGUGGGCAGAACAGAAGAAAUAUGGGGUCUGUCUUUGACCAGCUGGGUUCACGGGACCAUUUGCAAUGGUGGAAGGUCCAGUUAAUGGCAGAUGUUCAGGCCAUCUGUUUGAGGUUCUCUCUGUGCAGCUGCUUUUUCUGCAGACUGUUGGCUCUAUGUUGUCAUGUGGUUGAUGUAAUUCCAAGUUACAUCCAUCUUGCUGCUGUCACCUUAAGCAAAUCACCAGAGUCGAUUCUUCUGAAACUGCUGCCCAGGCAGGAAAUGAAAUCUAACUAGGAAGGGGCCCUGAA